AUGUGGAAUGAUCAAGGAAAGGAGAAGCAGCAACAAAUGUGGUCGACACACGACCUCGCUUGUGCACACUGCCGGGCACGGAAGAUCAGAUGUGGUAGGGAACGCCCGCAAUGCGAAAGUUGCAAACGCGACGGUGUCGAGUGUCGAUAUUCAUCUCCCGGCAAACGUGUCAAUCACGUCAAACUCCUGUGCCAGAACUUCGAGACGCUUGAGGACCAGCUGCAUAGCAUUCAAAAUGACCUUUCUGAUUUGACGUCACUUGUCAGAGGCGGGAACAGCGUGAGAUCUUCAUCGCUUGCCGCCGAGGAAUGGGCCCCCGAGAAUCUUGCUGGUACAGACUCAGGGACAGUAGUCCAUACAAACUGUCACAUCGUACGAAACAGUUCACAAUCCCUCGACCGUUAUCAUGGGCCUUGCUCCCUUUAUGCCCUCUGCAAGGAAUUCCAUGACGAUCCCAUGUUUAGUGUUUCCGAGAACAACACUACGACACAUACUGCCGUUCCUGAGCAAGCAAUGCUACAAGAAAUGCUUUACGAAGCAGGUAACGAACCUCAUUUAGAUGUACCUUCCCAGCCUACAGGAAUAUGCCUUCCACCCCGACAAUUCCUCAACCUUGUUAUCAGUCCAUUCUUCAAGAACACUGAUUACGCCACUGAUGUUUUCGUGCGAUCAACUUUCCAGCCUCAGAUUGAUCGAAUCUAUUCACAGCCUAUAGGUCCUUCGGACGAAGGCUGGGCCGUGUGUUUCAAUGUUAUAGUUCUUCUUGGCAUCAAGAGGGAGCCUACCACUCAAGGCAAUAGCCACUUCAUUCAAUCUCUUCUUCAAACGAUGAGAAUGGCUAUCAAUAACCCCCGAGUGUUUUUGACACCAAGGCUUGUCAACGUCCAAGCACUUGCCCUUUUGAGUUACGUGGCUGAGCAAUAUAGUACGACAUCACUUGCAGAAUUGGUCUUUGCCCAAGCCUGUUUGUUGGCACGUACAAUGGGCCUCCAUCGGGGUCGCACAUCUUCUAAUAACCUCCCACCGGAGACUAUACUAGAGAGGCACAAGGUUUUCCAGUCGUUAUAUAUCAGAGAUAAGAACAUUGCCAUACUUCGCGGCUCCACUUCUUGGUUACCAGGAUGUGAAUCCGGGGUCCCAUCCUCGUUAGAAAGUCAUUCAGAAUCUCCUGAAGCAAUGGCACGUCUAGAGCUGGCAAAACUUCAGGACGAAGUUUAUCAGAUCUUCUACGGUACUAGUGCUCCGUCUUUGAGAUUUUCCCGAAAUCAAGCAUUGGGUCAAUUACAACAAAAGCUUGAACAGUGGUCUUCAAUGUACAACAUCAUGCAGACACCAUUCACCUCAGCAGAAUCAUUCGCGCUCAUGUUAUCAUUUCUGGCUACAAGAAUUUGCUUGUUAAAAGGCUUUGAUGGCACAAAAUCCAUACAUAUCUUCAGAGAUGCCAAAGCCUGCUGCCUUGUCUUUCUGUUGGCCACAGCAGCGAAGAAAGAUCGUCAUCUUUCCGAAGCUUUGAAUGAGACGCUGGGUUAUCAGAAGAAACGCGAAAGAUCCAACACAAAGAAAGCUAAAAGAAAUUCCCAGGCCGAUGGUGCACUGCCUGAAUAUGGCGAGAACGGGAUUUCAAUACUUCCUCGUCUAGCUACAACCUUCCCGCUAGCAGCAGCAUUCAUUAUAGGAAAGACGGCCAUACAGCAGCCAAUGACAGACGCGGAUGACACCCCCAGUCAGCCAGAAGAGGAAAUAUCACUUUUAGAAGCACUUCGCGAUCAGUUCGCAUCGGUCGCCGAUCAAGCUCAUGUUGAUAAUCUCGCGUUGAACUUCAGCAAGAUCCUGGGUUUGUUAGUUCGAAUAGUUCGUCAAAGGCAGUCACCAGGUCAAAGCAAUACACCUUCAAUUGCCUACAACGAAUUGCCGAAUCUACAUUCCACCAGAUCUUCCAGCUCCCUCCAUGGCAGUGUUGUAAGUUCCUAUAGAGACACACCCCCAGGCCCCGAGAAUCAUUCAACAGUCAGUUCGAUUAGUGAGGUUGUCCCACAUUCUUCUUUACUUCUGCCCUUCGCCCAACCGCUUGAAUCUCCGACUGGGGGCUCACCAUGGUUUGCAAACGCUGGCCACACUAUAGGCAUGAACCACAACUCAGUUCUUGUAGCGUGGCCCAACCAAAAUAAGCGACAAUCCGAAGAGGCAGAACUCCCGGUUAAGAGAACGCGGAUCGCUUGUCACGACGAUUUCUUGGACAUUGGUGCAGGAUAUACCGAUCAUGGCUCACGGCCUGACGAUGAUGUUUUAUUUACAUUCGAUUUUCUCAACACAGGAAACGAUAUGUCUUCUUUUGAUAUGGAUGAAUAA